UUAAUAUUGAUGCGGACAUGGUCCGAAAACUAAUUUUCCAUUUCCUGGUGUGUAUCCUUCCAAACCCCAACCGCCUUUUCCUUUUUGAGUUCUUGCAUGUUGCAACAUCCACCAGCAUUAAAGAAAGCCCUAAAACAGCCUUGAAAAUCAAUUUUCAUUCUUUUUAAACUUCACUCAUCUUUCUUCUCUGGAAAAGGCAACUGGUUUUCUUCUUCUCAGACAUCCGUCACCCCUUUCGAACAAGAUGGGUGUUCACCCUGGGCUAAAGCUUCCACCAGCUUUAUCCUUUCUGGGGAUUUUUUCUUUACUUUUUCUACAUGCAGUGUCUCAAGGCGGUAGUGAUGAUGACGCUUCUGUCAUGCUGGCUCUCAAAAAGAGCCUCAACCCACCACAAGAAAUGAGCUGGUCCGACCCGGAUCCCUGCAAGUGGAACCACGUGGGUUGCUCUGGCGAGAAGCGGGUCACCCGUAUCCAAAUCGGGCACCAGAACCUCCAAGGUACUCUCCCGCCGGAGCUCUCCAAGCUCACCCAGCUUGACCGCCUAGAGGUCCAGUGGAACAACAUUUCCGGGCCGCUGCCCAGCUUGAACGGGUUGAGCUCGUUGCGAGUGCUAAUGCUGAGUAACAAUCACUUCACUUCAAUUUCUGAUGAUUUCUUUUCUGGCCUCUCGUCCCUGCAAUCUGUUGAGAUUGAUAACAACCCUUUUGCUACGUGGCAGCUUCCUGAGAGCCUUAAAAACGCUUCUACCCUGCAAAAUUUCUCGGCGAAUUCCGCGAAUUUAGCUGGCAAAAUUCCAGGUUUUUUUGACCCGGAUGGGUUUCCCGGGCUGACAAACUUGCAUUUGGCUCUUAAUAACCUAGAAGGUGAAUUGCCUUCGGGCUUCUCAGGAAUGUCUAUUCAGUCUUUGUGGUUAAAUGGGCAGAAGCUUAACGGGUCAAUUGACGUAUUACAGAACAUGACAUUUUUGAAAGAGGUAUGGUUGCAUUCCAAUGAAUUUUCAGGCCCUUUGCCUGAUUUUUCCGGUUUGAAGGAUUUGCAAGUUUUGAGCCUUAGAGACAAUUCCUUUACAGGUCCUGUUCCGUCAUCCUUGUUGAACCUUGAGUCCUUGAAGGCUGUUAAUUUAACUAAUAAUUUACUUCAAGGCCCCACUCCCAAGUUCAAAGACUCUGUUUCGGUUGACUUAGCUAAAAAUACUAAUAGCUUUUGUUUGCCACAGCCUGAUGAUUGUGACUCUAGAGUAAAUACAUUAGUUUUGAUAGCUAAAGCCGUUGAUUUUCCAAGAAAAUUUGCUGAGAAUUGGAAAGGAAAUGACCCCUGCGCGGAUUGGUUUGGGAUAACUUGUGAGAAUGGGAAUAUCACUAUUGUUAACUUUCAGAAUAUGGGACUUAGCGGUACAAUUUCCCCAGAAUUUGCUUCGCUUAACUCACUGCAAAGGCUAAUCCUUGCUGACAAUAAUUUUACUGGUAUAAUUCCUUCAGAGCUCACUCGUAUUGCCACCCUUACUGACUUGGAUCUAUCAAACAACCACCUCUAUGGGAAAGUUCCAUCUUUUAAGAAUAAUGUGAUCGUUAAGACUAAUGGAAACCCUGACAUUGGUAAGGCCCAGAGCGACUCACAUUCCCCUGGCUCAAAUUCCCCGAAUCCCUCAAAUUCUAGUUCUGAUUAUGUGGGACAUCCCCAAACAUAUCGCAAGAAAUCAAAGAAUUGGGUUGUGAUUUUGGUUUCUGUAGUAGGCAGUGUCAUUGUUCUUGGUUUGUUGGGGAUGUUGGUUUUCUGUAUGUGCAAAAAUGAGCAAACUCGUUCUAGCAGAGUGCAAAGUCCUCCUGUUCCCAUGGUCAUUCAUCCUCGCGGUUCUGGAGUUUCUGAUAGUGUGAAGAUUACAGUUGAAGGAUCAAGUGCUAGUGUUGGCCCUGUUAAUGAGAUGCAUACGGUUUCUGAUAACCAAACCACCGAGUUUCAAAUGGGGGGUGAAGCUAGGAACUUAGUCAUAUCGAUUCAGGUCCUAAAGAGUGUCACAAACAACUUUAGUGAAGAUAGCAUAUUAGGCCGAGGGGGUUUCGGGACGGUCUAUAAGGGAGAGCUACACGACGGGACAAAGAUUGCUGUGAAAAGAAUGGAGUGUGGGGUUAUUGCCGGUAAGGGGCUGGCAGAGUUCAAAUCGGAGAUUUCUGUCUUGACAAAGGUUAGGCAUCGCCACUUGGUUGCCCUACUAGGGUACUGCCUUGAAGAGAACGAGAAGCUUCUUGUCUAUGAGUACAUGCCUCAAGGGACUUUAAGCAGACACCUUUUCAAUUGGGAGGAGGAGGAAGGGCUUAAGCCGCUGGACUGGACGAAAAGGUUGACAAUCGCGUUAGAUGUUGCUAGGGGGGUGGAGUAUCUGCAUACAUUAGCACACCAGAGUUUCAUUCACAGGGAUCUGAAGCCGUCUAACAUUCUGCUUGGGGAUGAUAUGAGGGCUAAGGUGUCAGAUUUUGGUCUUGUAAGGCUUGCUCCAGAAGGGAAAGACUCCAUCCAGACCAAGAUUGCCGGAACUUUUGGAUAUCUGGCCCCAGAGUAUGCAGUGACAGGAAGAGUGACAACAAAGGUUGAUGUAUAUAGUUUUGGAGUGAUCUUGAUGGAGCUGAUCACAGGCAGGAAGGCUCUGGACGAGAGACAACCCGAGGAGAGCAUGCACCUUGUAACGUGGUUCCGGAGAAUGCAUCUAACAGAGGCCACCUUCCGGAAGACGAUAGACCCCAACAUUGAUUUCGAUGAGGAAACACUUGCAAGCAUACACACGGUUGCUGAACUCGCUAGCCACUGCUGUGCGAGGGAGCCAUACCAAAGGCCUGACAUGGGUCACGCCGUUAACGUCCUUUCAUCAUUGGUAGAGUUUUGGAAGCCAUCAGAGGAGAGCUCGGAGGAUGUGUAUGGCAUUGACUUCGAUAUGUCUUUGCCUCAAGCUCUUAAGAAGUGGCAAGCAUAUGAAGAAGGUAGUAUGAGCCACAUGGAUUCCUCUACAGCAUCUUCUUAUAUUCCAAGUUUUGAUAACACCCAAACGAGCAUACCCGUCCGCCCUUUUGGGUUCGCAGAAUCACUCACCUCAACCGAUGGCAGGUGACCUACGUUUUGGUUGUUCAUCCUCUUUCUUAGGCAUCUUCUAUCUUCCCUCACCUGUGUUUUUUCAUAGAGACUGGUCGAAUUCAAAUUCUAUGUGCAGUGGUUGAGAAUCUGGAUAUUGCAUUGUGUAGGCGAUAGUUGAUAUUGUUUGUGGUGAGUGGUCCUCCUUGACUUGACAACAAACAUUAUGAAUGAAUUUAGUAAAAUGAUUGGACUGGAACAUCAUCACUUGCAUAACUGGCAGGAAGUAUUGGUUAGGCUUAAUUGUUGAUUUGCACAUGAAAGUAUCAAACCUUGCUGUGA